AUGGGGUCAGCCACUUCGGAUGAGUAUUCUUGGAGAGAAGUCAGACCGCGUCGAUGGGAACGGAACAUUGAUGAGGCAGAGCAGUUCUACACCUCGCUAGCCAAGGCAUACGAGGGCACCGGGAGAACCUUUUUUGCUAUCACUGGUGCGAUUUCCCUGGCUAUCCCAGCGGAUGGCAAGUUAUCUCCACGGGAGACCGAGGAGAGGUCUGUCGCGGCACUGCGAGCUGCUUGGGUCCAAAUGAGAUAUCACCAUCCCACGAUUGCUUCGAGGGUGGAAUAUAAUGUCGACGAGAAAAGGUGCAAAAAGGUUUACGAGACCUUUCCUGGACCUUCAUCCAUACGAGAAUGGACUGACGAGACAUUCCGAGUUAUGUCGAACGGAAUGACCGCCAUCGAAUGGUGCAAUGCCGACCCUCCUGUGCCGAAGUUACCAACUCUUUUCCUUUUGAGGGUGCCCUCAGGCGAUGGCACAUUCCGAGCGGAUCUUGUACUUCGUGCGCAUCAUGAUAUAAUCGAUGGAAUGGGAACGCUGCUCCUCUUCAAGAAUCUGUUCACCCAUGCUGCACUGGCCUAUACACAGGACAUGGGGUACUCUCUCCCCAACUUCGGAAGCGAAUGGCACAAUCUGAGUCCCGCUUUUCGUGUUGCCGCUGCAAUUCCCGACUCUUUAUCCACAACUCAGCAUGAUAGGAUGCAACAGAUCUUGAAUUUCAACGCCUCGGCCAAGGAAGACGUUGAAAUUGCUAGUCCACCGUUCAAAAAGGAGAAUGAUUUGCCAGGAAAGCAUCAGCGCAUCGCGAUUACUCUUUCUCCAGAGCAGACCAAGCGACUUCUGGACAGAUGUCACGCAGCGGACCUUAGUGUCACGCAGGCGUACCAUACUGCGAUUGCGCUUGCUGUGCGAGAUAAACAGGAAUGUCGUGGAGAGGCACGCAAAGUCCGCUACAUGAGCUACUGCCUGAUAAAUGAACGACCGCAUUGCAAACUACCGUACAGUACCCCAUCGCAUCCUGCAUCGGUAUACCAUUCUGUUUCGGGACGAUGCUUGGCAAUCGAUAUGAUUGUCCCAGCAUUGUCCAGCACAGUCGAAACUGCCAUUGACAGUUGUGGUUUCAAAUUUGAAUUCUCAGAUAUUGCGAGAUCAGUUCGGAACUUUUACCUUUCCAUCCGAGACGACAACGAGCACAUCUUUCUUGCCCCGUCUUAUUGGGCAAUGUCUACCAUUCCAUACACAUCUGAUGGGUCUACCCAAUCGAUUCCGGCACGAAACAAUGCGCCGUCCGUUUCUAUCUCCAGCAUGGGUGUCCUGGAUAAGGUAAUACACCAUGAAUAUGGGCCAUUUCAACUGGAUGACCCAUGGGUUACCGGAGAAGAACUAGGGACGGGGAUUGGAGUGUUUCUGAGCAGUUGGAAAGGCAGACUGACCUUGAGUGCCGCAUACAAUGAUGCUUGGCAUGAUCAGAGGGAGGUGAUGGAUUUCUUAGAGUGCUGCAACCGCAGCGUAUUCGCGGGACUUGAGGUGACGGGAUGA